AUGCCAAUUUUGCAGCGGGUUUCUUUCCUUUGUCUUCACAAACACUUCUACUCAGUGUUGGGAAGGGAAGAGGGUGAAAAGUGGCUCACAAUGGCAUGUGGUUUGGCUUUGAAAAGGCCUUACGAAUGUGAUGACUAUUUAAACGAAAGUGCUGUUGAUGUAAAACGUGCGCGUACUACAGUUUCACAUUGCUCUCCAUUUCGACCGCAGUUUGGAACUGUAGCUGCAUCACUUUCUUCCGCUAUUGGGUCCUCAGCAUUGCUCCAGCUUCGUGACAGUAAGGAUCGCGAAGAAAACGACACAUCUCCUUUUUCAUCUAUUGCAGGAAGGACACAGCUGUCUCCUGCUCAGCUGGAAUCUUAUCUAAGAGCAGAGAUACGGUAUUUGAAGAGGCGGAAUUUACUUCCUCGUUACAAGCAGAGCUCUGGUGUUUUAGAAGAUAAAAAUGUGAGCACUGGCAGUGCAUUGGAUCCUAUGUAUCCUGUAGUGUCGAAACAGACGUAUCGAGCUCCUCCAACGUCACCAAAUGCUAAUGAUCGUUUCUGUAGUGUGUCUGGAAGUGAGUCAGAGGGAGAGAAUUCGUCGUCUACUGCGGCAAAGGCACAGAAAGGGGCUGCUUUUGUAAGCUUGUAUGAAAAGCCACAGUUUUCGUUAAGACAGGUACAAAUGAUUUGCGAAAGACUCCUGAAACAACAAGAAGUUCGUUUGAGAUAUGAGUACGAAACUGUAUUGAAUCAACGUUUGGACGAGCAACAUGAACAAUACGUGCAAUUUGCAAGAGAGCAAUUAGAAAGGCAACACGAUGAUAAUGCUGAGUUAUCUUAUUUGUCCUAA